CGCCCCCUUUUCUGCGCGAGCGUGCUGGAUCACGUGACUCUCCACGUGGCUCAACUUGCCGAAAUCAAGCAGCAAACGACUUCUUCUGAGCUCUCUGCUUUUUGCUGUUUGUUCGUCCGUUGCUGCAAGACUAAGAGACCGCUCGUAAUGCAAGCACCGAUCAUACUACUGAAGGAGGGCACGGACACGUCCCAGGGGAAGCCCCAGAUAAUUAGCAACAUCAACGCAUGUGAGGUGGUGGUGGAUGCGGUGUCCUCCACUCUCGGGCCUCGAGGCCUGGACAAACUCAUAGUAGAUGGUCAUGGUGAGUGGAGGAGUAUAUAUCAUGGUGCUGUCAGGCAGCAAGGCGAGUGGUGACCCUGUGUAUGGUAAGCCUCAGGAGCUCAAAAAACCUUCCAUUACAUCGAUAGUUGUUUCUAGUAAUUGCCCACCCUUGCGUGGUACUUCAAACUAACAGAAUAGCAGCUCUUUUUUUGCAUGCAGACAUGCAUGUGCAUCAACCCCUUCAAUAAGUACUGUUUGUUAUGGCGAUGUGUGCGGGUGGUAUGGUUGUGAUAUAGGGAAGACGACCAUUUCAAAUGACGGAGCCACCAUCAUGAAACUGUUGGACAUCGUCCACCCGGCGGCCAAGACACUGGUGGACAUAUCUCUCUCUCAGGAUGCCGAGGUAGGAGAUGGUACAACAAGUGUGGUGCUGCUUGCUGGAGAGAUACUCAAAUGUUGCAAGACCUUUGUAGAGGACAAUGUCCACCCACAGAUCCUGGUGCGAGGGCUGAGAAAAGUGGCUCUUCUCUCCAUCGCGAGGAUCAAGGAGAUCGCUGUCCAUGUCAAGAGAGAGGACGUGAAGGAGAUGGAUGAUCUACUGAAAAAGUGUGCGGCCACAGCCCUGAGUUCAAAGGUCAUAGCUCGUCAGAAGGACUUCUUCUCACAGAUGGUGGUGGAUGCAGUGAGACACCUGGACGAACUGUUGCCGCUCAAUAUGAUUGGCAUUAAGAAGGUCAAAGGUGGUUCUUUGGAGGAGUCCCGGCUAAUUGAUGGUGUGGGGUUCAAAAAGACUUUCUCCUAUGCUGGCUUCGAAAUGCAGCGCAAGAAGUACACACAGCCAAAAAUAGCACUGCUAAAUAUAGAACUGGAGCUGAAGGCGGAGAAGGAGAACGCGGAACUGAGGAUUGACAACGUGGAGGAGUACCAGAAGGUGGUGGACGCAGAGUGGGCCAUCUUGUAUGAUAAACUGGAGAAGAUUGUAGACAGUGGGGCAAAAGUGGUGCUCUCUAAACUGCCCAUUGGAGAUGUGGCCACCCAGUACUUUGCUGAUAGAGAUGUGUUCUGUGCUGGCCGGGUGCCAGACGAUGAUCUGAGGAGGACAAUCCAGGCAUGUGGCGGAGCCAUUCAGACUUCCGUCUCCUCCCUCUCGGAUACCGUCCUCGGGACCUGCCAGCUCUUCCAGGAGGAACAGAUCGGAGGAGAUAGGUUCAACAUUUUCACGGGGUGUCCCGAGGCGAAGACGUGUACCAUAAUCCUGAGGGGUGGGGCCGAGCAGUUCAUCGAGGAGACGGAGAGGUCGCUACAUGAUGCCAUCAUGAUAGUGAGGAGGACCAUCAAGAAUGACGCUAUUGUCGCUGGUGGAGGAGCGAUAGAGAUGGAGCUGAGCAAAUACCUGAGAGACUACUCCAAGACAGUGGCCGGGAAGGAGCAACUCAUAAUCGCCGCAGUGGCGGAGGCCAUGGAGGUGAUCCCCCGACAGCUCUGCGACAACGCCGGCUUCGACUCCAUGAACAUCCUCAACAGACUGCGACAGAAACACGCAGAAGGUGGAAAGUGGUUUGGAGUGGACAUCAUGAAUGAAGAUGUGGCAGAUAACUUUGAUGCAUGUGUGUGGGAGCCGGCCAUGGUCAAGAUAAACGCCAUCACCGGAGCCACAGAGGCAGCUGCACUCAUCCUCUCGGUGGACGAGACUAUCAAGAACCCAAAGUCUGGAGCCAACGAUCCCCCACCAGCCCUCCCAGGGAGAGGGAGGGGAAGACCAAUGUAGACGUAUGGUAGUAAUUGAACGCUAACUCUCUCCACUCAUAGGAUCAAUUAUACCAGAUGAUGGCAAUAAUGCUGUGUCGUCAUGAUAGAUAUUGUUAUAUAGAAGUUUUGUGUGUUCUGUUGACUGUGUACGACUCUAACGAAUUCCGCCAUAAAACUCUGAUGCAAUCAAGAAGACCCAUCGAUCGUCCCAUAUCAACGUAUUUUAGUUAGGGAUAAAACUGACGCCAGUAUAUCCGGCCCACUGCUUUGGAAGGAUUAGUACGUCCAAGUGCAAUGUUUGGCAUGAACUUUUAUGCAAUCAGAGGAUGCCAUUACCAUAUCAGGGACAAUCUAAUUUGAUUAGUUGACUUUCUUAACAAUAGACACGGCCUUUGUUCUUUUGUAGUUGAGAGACCUGAUGAAUAUGCCAGUGUUUUACAUAGAAAAAUAUUCGCGUGCAAGAGUGAGUAACACACAGGAAGACAGGAGAAGUGCUGGUAUGAGAAGUGCUGGAUGAAAUGGUAUGAUAGGAGGACGGCAGUAUAUACACACAGUCAGGAUUGCUGCUCUUCACUGUCAUUGGUUCUCUGACAGAAGACAGCCCACUUCCUCGGUGGCACUGGUGGCUAGUGUUCUAGUCCAGGCAGAUAGGGCUCGCAUC